AUGGAUGGGAGAGAGGCUAUGGCAUUCUCUGGUGGUCCUGGUUCAUAUUACAUGCAUAGAGGAGGGGUUGAGGCCGCAGGGUCUGGCUCUGGUGGGUUCCAAGUACCUCCUGGAUUCAGAGCGUUGCCAAACAAUGGUAUCAUAGCUCAGCCAAAUGUUAGGACUCAGGGUGGUAAUGGUGACAGUAGUUCCAUGUUUUCGUUGGAGCCUCAGCCUCAUGCCGAUUUUAAUCAUGAAAUUAGUGCUGGUGCAUCUUCCGGGGCACCUUCUAGUGAGCCUGUGAAAAAGAAAAGAGGGAGACCACGGAAGUACGGACCCGAUGGAUCUGCGUCUUUGAAACUGACUCCAAUGUCUGCCCCUGCCAAUUCCACUCAAGACUCGGGUACACCUUCCGAGAAGCGUGGUAGAGGACGUCCUCGGGGAUCUGGAAGGAAGCAGCAGCUAGCUGCAUUAGGUGAUUGGAUGACCAGUUCAGCAGGGCUGGCUUUUUCGCCUCACGUUAUCACCAUUGCAGCUGGCGAGGACAUUGCAGCAAAACUAUUGUCAUUAUCACAGCAGAGACCAAGGGCUCUAUGUAUCUUGUCGGGCACUGGGAUAGCUUCUAAAGUUACUCUGCGACAGCCUGCUUCUACCAAUGCCGGUGUAACUUAUGAGGGAAAAUUCCAAAUAUUAAGCUUAUCCGGUUCUUACUUAGUAUCUGAAGAUGGUGGACCAACGAACAGAACGGGUGGCAUAAGUGUUUCUCUUUCUAGCCGUGAUGGUCAUGUUAUUGGUGGCAGUGUUGCUAUGCUUAUUGCUGGAAGCCCAAUACAGUUGGUUGUGUGCAGUUUUGUAUAUGGCGGUGGCUCGAAGGUGAAGACCAAGCAAGGAAUGAUUACCAAUGGGGAAAGUUCUGAGCCUCAUAAUGAUAACCUAGGUUCCCCAGCCAGUGCUCCACCUGGUCAAAACUACAUCUCUUCACCAACGGGUAUGUGGCCGGGAUCACAACCAUCGGACAUGAAAAGCGUACCCGCACAUACCGGCAUUGACUUGACGCGAGGGUGA